CAGGUCGUAUAGCAAUCGGGGCGGGAGACAACACAAUAAGAAUUUGGAACCAGAGCAACAAAUCAAACCUAUUUGACAUUUCAAACUUAUUCUAUGGAAUAAGAUCAAAGAUCACAUCAGUAAGUUACAUUUUCUUUGAAAGAUUUGAAAUGGACAAUAUUUUAAUUUUUUAAAAAUUAGAAAGAAGCCGUGGGUGUGGUCAUAGGUUUUCAACCUGAGAAUGAAAGAUUGUACUCUUUGCUUGUGUGAGGAAAAAUAUAACAUUUAUAAAUGUUCAUGCUCCCACCGAAGAUGUAGAAGGAAUGAAAGAUUGUACUCUUUGCUUGUGUGAGGGAAAAUAUAACAUUUAUAAAUGUUCAUGCUCCCACCGAAGAUGUAGAAGGAAUGAAAGAUUGUACUCUUUGCUUGUGUGAGGAAAAAUAUAACAUUUAUAAAUGUUCAUGCUCCCACUGAAGAUGUAGAAGGGCAGAUAAAAGAAUCCUUUUAUGAGACGCUGGAAAAGAUCUAUGAUGAGGCAUCACGACAUUAUAUUAAAAUAGGGAUUGGCGACUUAAAUGCCAAAAUAGGGAAAGAAAAAGUGUUAAUGCCAAUUAUUAGCAAGGAGAGUCUACAUGAAGAAUCCAGGGACAAUGAGAUCCGACUCAUAGACUCACAGGGAUGACAGCAGCACAAAGUUUCCUCACAAAAAUGGAAAUACAACCAAUUUGACCAUGCUCUACUCGAUCAGAGGCAUAGAUCAGACAUACAAGACAUCAGAAGUUAUCAAGGAGCAGAUGCAGUCUCUGAUCAUCUACUUGUAAGGGUUAAUAUAGGCAGAGAAUAAGCAUAAUUUACAAUGGCCGAAAUCAAAUAGAAAAAUGAUAGGAUUAACCAUAACUUACCUAAGACCCACUAACCGUAACAGCUUACCAAUAUGAAAUAAAAACACAACUGUAACUAGAAGCUUUACAGGAGGAAAUAAACAGGGAAAACAACAUAAAUGAACCAUGGGAUAGGAUUAAAAAUGCUAUGAAAAGAUCAGUAGAAAAAGUAGUAGGAUUUGAGCAAACUAACGGUAGAUAGAGAAGGUUUAGUUUUGAUCAUGAAUGCAGAGAGACUGUCAAAGAAAGGAACAAGGCAUGAAUGACCAUGAUACAAAGGGAAACAAACAAAAUGAUAAAUAAAGUGAUUGUGGGCCCUUAAUACAUAGAAGAAGAAGAAACCAGAAAGACAAGACAAACACAGAAGGAAAGCCAUUAAAAUGUCUAGGAAGAUAAAAAGGGAAUGGGAAAAUACUAAAGUUAAAGAAAUAGAAGACUUAUCAAGAGAGGGAAAUAUCCGAAGAAUGGACAUGAAGAUAAAGACGAAAAGAAUGGAUACCAAGCCAGGCCUCAAAUGAUGAAGAAUUAAUUAAGGAAAAUAGUAAAGUACUCGAGAGGUGCACUGAAUAUUUUGAGGGCAUACUAAAUGCAGACAAUGGACUAGAUGAAGAUGAUCAAUCACAACAUGGAGGACCAGACCCAUUAAUAAACUCCCCAACUUUGGAAGAACUAUAGAAGAAAUCAAUUCUCUGAAAAACCACAAUUUGUAGAAGACUUGAUGACCAAUCUGGAGAACAUCAAGUAAAUUGAUGUGCUGGUGAUGGACUUCUCAAAGGUAUUUGAUAGUGUCAAUCAUAGUUUGCUUCUACACAAACUUCAGAGAUAUGGGAUCCAAGGCACUACUAAAAAAUGGAUCUCUAGCUUCCUCAGCAACCGAUGCCAAGCAGUAGUGGUGGACGGUACAAGCUCCUCCUUUUUCGGUGUGAAGUCAGGGGUCCCCCAGGGAUCCGUGCUAGGCCCCUGUUUGUUCCUAGCAUACAUUAAUGACCUACCCGAGAAACUGACAUCCCAAGCAAGACUGUUCGCAGAUGACACAGCGGUGAAUGGGAUGAUUGCCAACAGAUCUGACAAGAACCAGCUACAACAGGAUCUCAAUUGGUUAGCUGAGUGGGAGAUGAAUUGUGACAUGGAAUUUCACCCUGCCUAGUGCCAGACACUGUCAGUCUCUAGAAGUUGUUCUCCUUUACACUACCAAUACAAACUGCAUGGCUAUAUACUUGAGCCAGUAUCCUCCAUAAUGUACCUGCAUCCUGCUGGGACGAGCAUAUUAACAAUGUAACAAUAUUAACAAAGUUUACACAUAAACUUUUAACAAAAAGAGAAAAUUCCAACAGAAUGGGAAACAGCAUUAAUAACCCCCAAUACACAAGAAAGGCUCCAAACUUACAUGCACAAGCUAAAACGGAAUUUCACUAUUAACAAAAAGAGAAAAUUCCAACAGAAUGGGAAACAGCAUUAAUAACCCCCAAUACACAAGAAAGGCUCCAAACUUACAUGCACAAGCUAAAACGGAAUUUCACUAUUAAAUGUUACAUACACUAUACUGACAAAACUAUAUGCCAAAAGACUACAACUGUACAAUGAACAAUUCUAGAUAACUACUAAUGUGGAUUCACACAUUACAGAUCAACGAAUGAUCAGAUUUUCACCAUCAACUGCCUAUUGGAGAUAUGUUACGAAUAUAAUAUCCCAGUACAUCAACUGUAUGUAGACUAUAAAAUGGCCUAUGACAGCACCAAAAGAAAAUAUCUAUAUGAGACUGUGCAGGAGUUUGGCAUACCCAACAAACUGACAAGAUACAUGUAACAUCAAACAACUCAAAAAGCAAAGUCAAGGUUCAGGGAGACUAUGCAAUGAAAUUUCAGAUUAGACGAGGCUUAAGACAAGGAAACUCAUUGUCUUGUAUGCUAUUUAACCUAACAUUAGAGAGAGUUAUAAGAAACAUAGAUAUUGCCACGAGAGGAUUGUUAACAGGAUACUUUCUGAGGGAAACCCAUGGGAGAGAAAAGUUUGCCAGAAAAUUUAUGGACCAACAAAGGAUGACUAUGGAUGAAGCUGCGAACCAAACAGGAAUUGUAAAGUCUAUAUCAGGAUCCCACGCUAGUAGCAGAAAUAAAAAAGGGCAGGUUGCGCCGGGAGGAAGACUUAGAAAGAAUGACUGAGGACUUUGGUGCACCACCAAAACCCCAGAGGAAAAUGGCUCAAAAGGCAAACCUAGGCUUAGAGGGAUGGAUGAUUUGGAGAAAUAUCUACAGCAGUUGAGAAUCUAUGCAUGAAAAAGAAAAGCAUAAGUUAGGUCUGAGUGGAAGGAAGUGGUGAGGCACGCCAAAGCCAUACAUGUGCUGGAGUGCCACAGGGAUGGAUUUUCACUUACAUUUGCAAAAUAAAAGUCUCAUUAAUAGUUCCAGCUCUAAAAAUUGUUCUUGAAUAUCUCUCACCAGAUAUUUAUUAUUGAGUUUUAUGAAUUGAUUUGAAAGUAAACAAUACAAUAUUGCUACUGUCCAUUUUGUAUUUAGGCAACAUAUUUUUUUGGUCAACAUUUUCUUUUUAAAUUUCACUUUUGCUUAAGGCUGCAUGGCAUCCUGAGAAAGAAGGUUUGCUGGCGUAUGGCACUGAUGAUGGCAGAGUUGGUGUUUACAAUACAUUAGCCAGCAGCAAGUAAGUUGUGGUGAGAUAGUUUGGUUGCUAGAACUAGCUUGUAAAAUCUACAUAUUAGCAAUCAAGUUGUAAUGAGAUGACCUAUCAGAACUCCAGUAUAUACUCCCAAAUGUUGCACUUUCUGUACCCGAAAUUUUGUUAAAAAUCACGGUUGCCACCAUCAAUAUUUCUGACUGUUAAUUAUUGUGGAGUAGUCAAUUAUAUGAAAAUGCUGGGGAUUUUAUUUCCUCCCUUGCUCUCAUUCUCAUGUACGGUCUAGCAAAGGGCUUACUGUUUUUUAAAAUGUUUAUUAAAGUACAAGUAGUGUAUGACAAUUGUGUUUCUCUAUUUUCUGGAUCUGUUUAACAAAUAUUAGAUAAGUUACAAUAAGAUUAAUUCUUUUAUUGAUCCAAAUAAAUGGAAAUAUUAUUUUAUUACAAUGUACAUACUCGUUUUUAACACAUACAUAAAUGUUCUUAAAAAGUUUAUUUACAUCAAAAAAGGGCCAUGUAUGUCAUUCCUCAAACAGGUCAAGCAAACAUUCAUACUUUGACUUACAACCCUUAACUAAGGGUGCCAUCUAACCACUGGUGCAAACUAUACACCAGUAUAAACUUAACCUUGUAAAUUAUAACACAUUAGCUAGCUAGUAAGUUGUGUCUAGGUUUCUUUAUCUGCUAAAACUAGCUUGUAAAAAAAAAAAGCCUCUAAGAUUUAUCAGGUCCAGAAUAUUUAUCAAAUAUUGCAUUUCUCUUUGACAUUCGAUUAUCACAGAAUAAUUUGGUAGUAGAUAAAUAUGAGAAAGUUUAUGUAAAGUUUUCUAUGAUUUUUACAGCGUUUCUAUUGUUUCCUGUUUGCAGGCCCCCUACCAUGUCCUCAACAUUCCAUAAUAAAACUGUGUAUGUUGUGUGCUGGGGUCCUCCUUUAAAUGCAGAUUCAGGUAAUUAUAAUAUAACUGAACUGAUUGUAGUUUAUAUAUUAUAUUGUGUGCAUUUGUAAAUAAAUCAAUUUCAAUUUGGGACGAUAUUUAUUUAAAUUUUUAAAUUUAAUAAUGAAAACUAAUCUUUAAAAAAAACAAAAAAACAGAAACAUUAAAAAAAAAGGUCUUAAUAAUUAUAAAUAGCUAAUCAAUAAAAUUGUUUUUUAAAAAUAAAACCGUAUCUAUAUCGUCUGGAUCUAGAAAUACCAAGGCCACUGCCAUCUUGGUGAAAAUGGGACCCUAUCCUUCCGUUUUUGAUAUAAGUAGUUUUUUUUUUAUAUAUCAAUAAAGAUUUUUUUUAGUUUAGCCAGCGCUCAUUGUCUUUUUUUCAGUGAAAAGAUCUGGAUUAUGUUUUUGUUAUAAAAAGAUAUAACAUUUACCUUACUAAUUGUUUCUGAGAUUGCAUCUUGAGCAAAAUUUAAGGAAUUUAAUCAAGUGCAUAUCAGUUUUUAAUUUCCAAUUCUAAAAAUUUGGAAAAUUGGUAGUUAUUCUUGAUGUAAAGUAGCUUGUUACAUCUCCAUGACAUAUUGCCAAACUUAUAAAAAAAAAAACAUACAAUGGUUAAGCUCUCAUUGGUACCAACUAAUAUAUUUUAUGUUUGAUAUCUGAUUUUGUAGCCAAAUUAUGUUUGAUUUGUACUAUAGUAAAACCAUUCUAACCAGAAGUAAGCAAUCACUUAUAGAGAUUAAAGCUUUUUUAAUUUCCCAUUCUAAACAGGAGGAUAGGUUGAAAGCUGAGGAGAAUUAUAAUCUCUUGGAAGCCUUGCUUAUGAAUUUUCUAUAUUGUUUCAUAUCUGAACUAUUUAAUUACAAUUUUUCUCUAGCCGGCUACCAACUGUACAGUGUGGGGGAUGGUGUCAUUCUUCAGCAUUUCAUUGGAGACCCUGGCAAAAAUGCUCUCAACAUUGUCAGUUCCAUUGAAUCUGUCAAUAAACCACAGGUGUGUAUUAAACUCGUGUGUAACAAUGAUGUAGUGAAUGAGCUAUUUGAUUAUGCCGCAUCUGUUUGAUGAGGUCCAGGUGGUGUUAACAAAUUGUCAGUGUCUAUCUGUCCUUGAGCUGGGGCAUGACUAACCAAGUUGGUCAAUCAGGUUACCAUUCUACAAGUUAAAAUUGCUUUAUCAUCAAUAAACUUUUGUUAUUGUAUUUAUUAAUCAUCACUACACACUGACUACAUAGGUCAAAGGUUAUGCUGACCAAGGACACCCACCCCCUCUCCUCAAGUAAUCAGUGAGACCUGAAAAAGUGAUGUUAAAGAUUUAUAUCUUCAUGAUAUUCAGUACUUAAGACUUUGCACCGAGCAAAACAAAAUUACAUUUCAAAAUAUUAUUUCAGAAAGAAAAGCUGAUCAGAAGUGAAAUGUCUUGGAAACCUGAUUACACUGCAUUUGCUGUUGGCCAUGAUAAUGGGUAUGACUUACCUUUCUGAAAUAGCUGUUAACAUUUUUAUUGAAGAAAAGUUUUAUCUUUGUAUGCUAUAACAACCAGGUAGUGUACCCCAUAAUGGGAUGUUAAAAUUUACUCAUUGUGUAAAAACUUCUUUUUAAUUUUAAAAUUUAAUUAAAAUGACCUUCACACUAUUGUUAAUAAAUGAAGGACUGCGUGAAGGAAGUAGUAGAACAAGGUAUGUGGAAGCUUGAAAUAUAAAGACAUGACAAUAAAGAGCUUCCUCGGCAGACAGGACAAUAAAGAGCUUCCUCGGCAGACAGGACAAAUAAAAAAACAAGAAAUAAAAAUUUGUUGAAAACUUAGGUGUUGGUCCUCAAUUUUAUGUCCAGAAGUUGGGUUUUCCAAAACCCCAUAAUCCGCUUAGUUUUUUUGUUGACUCUGUUUUCAAUGCAUUGUCCAAUGUCAUCCAGGUGCGUGUCAAUCUAUCAGUUUCCAAAACUCAAAGAGUUAUGUCAAGUGACAGCUUCCCGCAAGUUGAUCAACUGUACAAAAUGGCAUCCAGAUACGACUGUGGAGUCCCCAGGUGGUUCUCCCUGUCAGAACUGGCUGGCCUUUGCUGGGAAUGAUGGCCCCAUCUCUGUGGUAGACCUUUCUGGCAUCUUGGGUGAGUUACAAAAAAUUAUCAUUAUUUUUGUUUAAUCAGAAUAUGAUAAUCAGUUACUUUGAUGACUGUUGUAUAGCUAGAUAAAAAGAUCUAUUAAACAAAAUUGACACAGAAUAAGGGAAACAUUGUUUAGAUUCAGGUUGCAGAUUUCCAUCUGUGUUCUGAUAUAAGUGGGACCGAUUUGAAUUUUAAAAAAAAAGAGUUAUGACUACAUUAAAUGGAUCUUUGAAAUGGGAAGCCAUUAUGCAAUUUUUUAUACAAUCUUCCCAUGUUUGUCUUGAAUGUCUGAAAGGUGAAGUCAUAAUUUAGGGGCAAAGAUGAUAACAGAUAAUGUAUUCUUUUACUUCUCACUUUAAGAUGAAAUAAAUCAGUUUCCAGUUUUGUCCAGAUAUAUAAUUAAUUAUAUAUAGUGUUGUUUUCAGGCUUUGAAAAUAGUAAUAUUUUUACUAUCUAAAUUCACUUGUCAAUCUAACUUUGUAAACUAAAAUUUGAUAUCAUCAACCAUUACAAAAAAACUGCUGCUUUUUUACAUCAAAGAUUUACUUAAUGUUUGCAUAGAUCAUCCUCUUUGUAACAACCCACAUUGACUCCCUAGUUUUAUUCUCUAGUUAUAAUAAAUCAGUCCAUUCCUCUAAACAUCAACUGUAAAUCUCCACCAGCUACUAGGGAAGUCCCAGGGAAGUCUGAGCUUGUGAAGAUGACAGAAGUCUCCUGCCAAGUGUCUGGUCAUAUCCCAAGAACCACAGACAUGUGCUGGAGUCCUCACCAUGAUGGGAAGCUAGUCAGUGUGGGAUAUGACAAUGUGGCCAUUGUGAGUUUCUCAGAUUAUCAUACACCUCAGUUUAUAUUAACCUAAACAUAAUUCUGUGAGCUAUGUAAAAUGACCAUGACCUUUUAACAGUGAGUACAAUUUGUGCUUCAACUCACAUCCACACUAACUGUUGGAUUCUUUUAAUCAUCUAAAUAUCUUUUCCAGACACAGAAAAACAAAAAAAUUGAUAUUUCUUUAUAUUGCCUAUUUUAAAUCAUUGUUAUAUGUCUUUUUAUGAUUGUAAGGUUUGGAAUAUGCGAACAUCCGAAGCAAUGGCAGUGUUCAAUGGUCAUGAAGGGAGACUACUGACUGUCCUGUGGAGCAGCAUUGACUCAGACGUUAUCAUGACGGGAGGGUUUGAUGGCACUCUGAGGAUGUGGCGAGUGUCACAGCAGGCUGGCACAUUGCCAAGUAUCACAG